CAAACCGAGUUCUACUCAAGCCACGGACGGCUGGGGGACGAGGCACUGGAGCUAUUUCAACCGCACCAAGCGAAUCGGAGUUACUACUCGGUCGAGAUCGAGUCUCCCUCCAAACUCAAGGGACUUCUGGCUUCAUUCACCUGCCUGCAGACAUCCUCCUGUAGAAUAAACACCGAAGGCGAAGCAGGGACAGAACGAUCCGGGUAUGUCAAAGCAGCAGGCUUCCAACGUCAGAGCCAUUCAGGCAAAUAUUAACAUCCCAAUGGGGGCAUUCAGGCCCGGAGCAGGACAGCCUCCCAGGAGGAAAGAAUUCACGCCUGAAACAGAAGAGGACGUGGCCCCUACGGCAGAGGAUGAGAAGAAACUUCCAGGGGCCAAGAAGCUCCCGGGCCCCGCGGUCAACCUGUCCGAGAUCCAGAACAUCAAGAGCGAGCUGAAAUACGUCCCCAAAGUGGAGCAGUAGCCACAGAGCCGAGGUCAGAAAGUUUUCCUGUAAAAUCUCCAACUGGAAGUCUCGGAAGAUAGAGAAUGGAUUGCCGUGGACACGGAUGAUGAAGAUAAUUUUAUACAUUUGUAUACUCCCGAUUCCCCCACCUCCGCGACUCCAGAAGGAAACCUUCCGGAAGGAGUAGCCUCUCUGAAACUUUCUGUCGACACUUUCUUGUUGUGUGCACUGCCUCCGGAUUCAAUAAUCAUCUUCUUUUCCCAGUGGUGGUUGAAGGGAGGAGAAAAGUGGAGGAAGACUGAGGUUUCAGAUUUGAAGGGUAAAAAACAACCCAGGAGAGUAGGCUGAUUUUGCUUGAAUUGUGAACAAUCAAUAAACCGUUUCCCAGGAA